AUGAAAUUGACAAUGAUAAAUUUAUUUGAAAUAUUUGAUCCAUCAUUUAAUCAUUAUAUCUCACUAAAUUGAACAUUUAUAUUUUUACCAAUUCUUAUUUUACCAAGAAUUUUUUGAUUAAUUCAAUCUCGGAUUUUAUUUAUCUUUAAAUCUUUAUUAAAUUUUAUAUAUAAUGAAUUUAAAAUUAUUUCUAAAUCAAAAUAUCAAUCAAAUAUUAUUAUUUUUAUUAGAUUAAUAAUUUACAUUAUAAUUGUAAAUAUAUUCAGAUUAAUUCCUUAUGUAUUUACAAUUACAAGACAUUUAUUAUUAAAUAUAAUUUUAUCUUUAACAUUAUGAUUUAGAUUCUUAAUUUAUUUAAUUUAUAAAAAUUAUUUAAUAUUUCUUAGACAUUUAGUUCCUUUAAAUUCACCAACUUUUUUAAUAAAUUUUAUAGUAAUUAUUGAAUUAAUUAGAUUAAUUAUUCGACCAUGAACUUUAUCAAUUCGAUUAUCUGCAAAUCUAAUUUCUGGUCAUUUAAUUUUAACACUUUUAGGUAUCUUUAUUAGAAAUUUUAUUUCAAUUAUUCCUAUUAAUUUAUUAAUUCAAAAUAUAUUAUUAAUUUUAGAAAUUUUUAUAUCAAUUAUUCAAAGUUAUGUAUUUUCAAUUUUAUUAAUUCUUUAUUUUUCAGAAUCAAAUUAA